UGUACACCAAGUAGUGGAGAAGCAAAGUGUCAGAGCAAAACCUCUCGCCCCACCUCCUCUGGACAGAGAGAGCAGGAGGGAGUUGCAAUUGCCCAGUGCAGUUUCUUCCUUUGAACUGUAAGACUGAACACGGCAUCUUGGUCCGGGCAGAAGGGACGCUAUGAUCACAGAAUUCCUGUCCCUGCUUCACCUCGGGCUUUGUCUGGGCAAUGAAGAUGAGAAAAAUCAUGAUAAAGAUGAUCAAAGUGGACCUGACCCUGCAAAAACAGACACCAAAGUCAUCUUUGUCGCCACCUUCUGCUGCCUCUUUGUCCUUCUCCUCUUCAUCGCCGUCUUCUUCAUCUACAGAUGCACUCGGCACGAUUCAUCACAUGAAGAAUCCGCCAAGAGAACCAGCCAUUCCAAACUUCCCGAGCAGGGAGCUGCAGGUGUAUCCAAACUGGAAGGAACAUCUGAAUCGCCUGCAGAAUCCCAGGGAGUGAUCUAUGUAAAGCUAAACACCAACGCACUGUCUGAGGCAGCUUCUGUCCCCACCAUGGAGCCCCCAGGGUCGUGUGACUACGCAACACUGAAGGUAUAGAACUGAAGGAAGAGCUUCUUCCCUGGGAAGGAGAGAAUGGAUUAAGAUGACGGAACUUAUGAAAGCCCAGGUGACUCUGUGUCUUUGGUUCAUUAUCCAUAAUAAUAAAAUAUUUUCCCUUCUCA